AACCCUAAUAAAUGAUCGUCCAUACACUUAAAGACAACCUCAAGUAAUGAUAAAUUAAAACCACCUCUUCUAUAUAACACAGUGAGUAUCAUCCUUAUUCAUCAUCAGCAUCUGUUGGAGAAUAUGAAGAGGACACAUUUGGCAAGUUUCAGCAGCAAAAACAAAACCCAAGAAGAAGAAGGUGACACUAGUGGUAACGACAGAGUCAUCAUGAAUCUCUACAAUAGCUAUGAAGCUGGGCUGAUCCCAUGGCCUCCCAAGAACUACACUUGCAGCUUCUGCAGGAGGGAUUUUAGAUCUGCUCAAGCACUUGGAGGACACAUGAAUGUUCACAGAAGAGACAGAGCAAAACUCAGACAGAUCCCUUCUUGGCUCUUUGAACCUCACCAACACGUACCUGUUGGCAACCCUAACCCUAAUUUUGGCUCUUCUUCUCCUUCAACGACGCCAGCUCAUCUUGACCCUUCCCUAACCAACCAAAUAUCCAAAACGACUCCUUUUUCUUCUGACCGGUUCGAUCUUUUGGAUUAUACUACUAGCCAUGGAGGUUCGAUGAAGGAAAGAGAGAAGAACAAGAGCAAUGUGUGCAGCAGAGAGCUCAAGAAGAGUGCCAUAGAUUCAUGCCAUGCUGCAAAAUGUGAGAUAAGUCGUGGGGAGAUGAACGACAAGAAACAUGGAGUCGCCAGGUUGGAGCUUGGGAUGGAUUUGAGGAAUCCAAAACAAGUUCUUGAUUUGGAGCUUCGACUUGGCUGCCUUUAAAUAACUUUAGUUAAUAAUUUAACUACAAGAUUAUAUAUUUAUAUGUAAGAUAUGUACGUAUAGCUGAGCAGUGAG